AUGGAUGCUUUUUUGAAUCAAACUACUGCGAACAUUUUGUAUCAUCAUAAGAAGUUCGAUGGCUGUAAGCGCUUCCAAGACGAAGAAGCACGAAAGGAUUUGAAGCAAGUCAACGACCAACGCAGCCCAGGCGCAGUAAGCUUGCAUUCAGAACAACUUUCCAGCGAUUGUAAGCGCUUCAAAAACGAAGAUUGCCGACAGAAUUUCGUGGAGUCAGUUAACGACCGGCACAGCCCAGGCGCAGUAGGCUUGAUUUCACAACUAACUUCCGACGAUUCAGACUACGCUGAUUUUGCGAAACUCUUCAGUGCAUCCAGCAGCACUCCAUACAAGAAAACGCGUAAUCCCAGCGAGGAUAGCGGUAUCUCCGUAACACCGCAAAAACAACAACUUCACGAAACACCAUUGCUUCGUCGUACGAAACGCAAGUUAAAGUUAUCAUCACUCGCAGAGUCACCGAGCGAGCAGCAAAGCACUGAAAAACAGCAGCCAGCAUCAAUUUCGCCCACCAUCAAUAUUAAGCAGAAGCCUCGCACCACCGCCACAGCCGCAAGUAUCAACCGCGCCAACAAAAGAGCUAAUACCGGCACCACAAGAAGAAACAUAAGAUUUAAGGCCCAAGCCAUUAAAGCCUUAAUCAAAUCCACGGCGGGCAGCGCCUUAGAGUUGCCCACCGGCAGCAAAUCCGCUACAAACACCACUGCCAGCUCACUACCCGACAUCGACACCUCUUUGUUGUCGUUGAUCAACGAAAAUAAGCUACGCAGCAUUUGCGCAUAUCAUGGCAACAUGGUGCGUUCGUUUCCGAAGAAAGAGCGUUCGCCUAAAGACCAAGAACGGCGUGAUAAAAAUACGAUCGCUUGUCGCUUAAGCCGCCGUGUGAGGAAACUGCAGCAACUUGCCAUUGGCGAGCACUACAAGCAAAUCAAGGAGAUCUAUGACCAAAUGGUGGAAGUGAUGGUGCGUGGCAAUGAGUAUCUGAAGUAUCUAAAUAAGGAUGUUCUGGGCGCUGCUGAUGGAAGCUGCAAUGCGGAGGUUGUGCUACCCGCGCAACCGGAACAACGUGCGCCCAGCCGCUUCUCUAUAGCGGACAUAUUAGGAGUCCCGAAUGAAGAUAAUAACCAAGAGUAG